AUGGUAGACAUUCUUUCAGAAUCAAAAACUAUUACUCAAGCAGGAUGUUUAAUUCAGAUGUAUUUUGCAUACACAUUUGGCUUCAAUGAAAUGUCAUUUUUGGCAGUAAUGGCAUAUGACCGAUAUAUUUCCAUUUGUAAUCCAUUAAGAUAUGCCAGCCUUAUGACAAAAAUUAGGGUGCGUAUGCUUUUAAUACUACCAUGGUUAUAUUCAUUUUGCAUCAUUAUGACAUUUAUUCUUCUUGCCCUCAGGCUUCCAUUAUGUCAUAAAUUUAUAGCAAAUAUAGCCUGUGAUUCCAAAACCUAUUUAAAAUUAUCCUGCAGUGACGUAUCUCUUAAUAAUAUAUAUGAAACAUGUAUUUCAAUGAUUCAUGUUACCACACUGAUUGUUGUUAUUGUUUUUUCCUAUGUACGGAUUUUUAAAGUCAGUUAUAGGGCUUCUAGAGGGGCUAAGUCUAAAGCCCUGAAUACCUGCAUGACUCACUUACUUUUAUUAUUUAUAUAUCUUUUCAGUGGCCUUCUGGUAUUUUUUCAAGCCCGUAUGGGAGGAGUAGCUGCCUUAGAUUUUGUACAACUCUUUGUGUCACUAGUAUCCUUCAUGGUCCCUCCUCUUUUUAAUCCACUAAUCUAUGGGAUUAGAACACAUGAGAUUAGAAAAACUAUACAAAAAGCUUUUGCAAAUAAGGCAGUUCAUUCCAGCAGUAAAAAGAUUUAA